CUUGUCUCGGAGGCGGCCCAAGAUGGCGGCGGCCAUGCUGGGCCCCGGGGGUUGCAGUGCGCAAGCAGCGGCCCGGCCCCGCCGCGCCGGUCACCGCCGGUACUAAGCUCUUCAUUACCCGCCCGCCGUAACCCCCAAGUGGUGGCGGUUUCUAGAGGAGGGGAGAACGGGCACCGGCUUGCCGCGGCCCUGCCCCCGGAGGGGGGAGGCCUGAGGGCUGAAGCAGCGGCCGCUGCCGUCAUGGAGGGGCCUGGAGCGGCGGCGGUGGGCGCUAGUCCCGGGGGCAGUAACGUGCCCGCUUUCCUCGCCAAGCUGUGGACCCUGGUGGAGGAUCCAGACACCGACUCGCUUAUCUGCUGGAGCCCGAGUGGCAGCAGCUUCCACGUCUUUGACCAAGGCCAGUUUGCCAAGGAGGUUCUUCCCAAGUACUUCAAGCACAGCAACAUGGCCAGCUUCGUGCGGCAGCUCAACAUGUAUGGCUUCCGGAAGGUGGUGCACAUCGAGCAGGGAGGCCUGGUGAAGCCCGAGAAGGAUGACACAGAGUUCCAGCACCCCUACUUCAUCCGGGGCCAGGAGCACCUCCUGGAGAGCAUCAAGAGGAAAGUCACCAGUGUGUCCAACAUAAAGAAUGAGGACAUCAAGGUGCGGCAGGACAACGUCACCAAGCUGCUGAGUGACAUCCAGGUGAUGAAGGGCAAGCAGGAGAGCAUGGACUCCAAGCUGGUCGCCAUGAAGCAUGAGAAUGAAGCCUUGUGGAGGGAGGUGGCCAGCUUGAGGCAGAAGCAUGCCCAGCAGCAGAAGGUGGUCAACAAGCUCAUCCAGUUCUUGAUCUCCUUGGUCCAAUCCAACCGGAUCCUGGGGGUGAAGAGGAAGAUCCCGCUGAUGUUGAAUGACAGCAGCUCAGCACAUUCCAUGCCCAAGUACAGCCGGCAGUACUCCCUGGAGCACGUCCACGGCACCUCCCCGUACGCAGCCUCCUCCCCAGCCUACAGUGGCUCCAACCUCUAUUCCCCAGAUUCUUCAGCCAACUCUGGUCCCAUCAUCUCUGAUGUGACUGAGCUGGCCCAGUCCAGCCCUUCAGCCUCUCCCAGUGGAAGUCUGGAUGAAAGGAGUAGCCCUGUGGUCCGCAUCAAAGAGGAGCCCCCCAGCCCCACCCGCAGCCCCCAGCUGGAGGAGAGCAGCCCGGGGAAGAACCCUCCAGCUGUGGAAGCUCCUCUCUUCCCCUCCACCUUCAUUGACUCCAUCCUGCAGGAGAACGACGCCGGCGCCGCGCCCGCCGCCGACGGCGCCUCCCAGCCCCCGCCCCCGGAGAAGUGCCUCAGCAUCGCCUGCCUCGACAAUUUGACUCGCGCCCCGCAGCUGGCAGAGGUCCCUCGGCUUUGCCCCACUUCCUCCUCCUCCUCUCACCACUGCAGAGCACAGCAAGGGAAUGAACUCAACGACCAUCUGGACAGCAUCGAUUCCAACCUGGACAACCUCCAGACCAUGCUGACCACGCACGGCUUCAGCGUGGACACCAGCGCCCUGCUGGAUCUCUUCAGCCCUUCAAUGACGGUUACAGACAUGAACCUUCCUGACCUGGACAGCAGCUUGGCCAGCAUCCAGGAUCUCCUUUCAACCCAGGAGCAGCAGAAGCCAACUGAGACAGAGGCCAGCACGGUGGACACAGGCAAGCAGCUGGUGCACUACACGGCCCAGCCGCUGCUGCUGGUGGACUCGAGCGCGGUGGACGUGGGCAGCGGGGACCUGCCCAUCUUCUUCGAGCUGGGCGAGGGUCCCUACUUCACGGACGGGGACGAGUACUCGGAGGACCCAACCAUCUCCCUCCUGUCGGGCACCGAGCAGCCCAAGCCCAAGGACCCUGCCGUCUCCUAAGAGCGCCCCCCCGCCGCCACCGCCGGGGUGGGCUUGAAGGAGAAGACGACCCC